CGAGCUACAACAAAAGAGUUAUUAGAAAAGACCGAAGCUCCCGGUCUGGGGAUACCACUGCCAAGGUGCAAGAGGGAAACUGCGGCAGAUUCUGGAAAUCCUAGAAAAUCCUAGACUUUGUGGAAGACUCGGAGGGAGAAAGAGAAGCUGGGAGCCACGGAAGUAUGGCUGGCUGCACAGACGGUGAUUUGAGUGCAUGCUGCAGUAGCAGCCACCACCCAGCACGAGACAGACGUCGAGGCCAGAGCAGGAGAUUGCAGAGUAGAAGUCAAGAUUUUAAACUGCAGCGAGUGGCGACCAAGGAAGGUUAAGGCGGUGGAGCGGCCUUUCCGUCUUGGCAGGAUGUGACAAGUGAUGGCUACUUCGGGUUCAUUUGAGUGGAAGGGGGUUACCAAGUACUAUAGCAGAAAGAAUUGUACAUUCUGUUUGACUGCAGUUAGUAACGAUGUACUGUUUCCUCCAAUUCCUUGGGAAGUACUACCGAGUAUACUAGAAUAUUGCUAUAAACUGCCAACACCAGAAAGGUUCAUAGUCCGGCUCCCGAGCGAAGACAGAUAUUUCACUCAGGUCCAAUGUCCACCAAAGACCUUGCAAGCUUUCUUGGGUGGCAAUCUCCCCGUUCCUCAUCAGAGCCUCCUGUGGAAGUUUGAAAUAUAUUUUUCAGUCAUAAAAGGUCAGUCCAGUCCACCCGAUCCCAUCGCUAGUAGGACGGGUCUGGACUUUAAGAUAAGAACUAUAUUAAGCAAGUCCACAACAUCCAAAUUGACCUUGUACUGUGACAUAUAUGACGAGGUUCAAACAAGGAGAAUUGUAUCAAGGAGGACUCGUACACAUCUGGAGCUAGAAAGAAGGGAUCCAACACGAAAACGGGAAAAACAUGAGACGCAUCUUCGCAAGCUUUAUGCAGAGCAGGAUUGUCGUGUAAGCGCAGCCCCUUCCGAAACCACAUCAAAGAAUGCUAACCAUAGUUCUACUUUCUCCGACUCCGCAAAGAUGCCUCGCCCGACUCACAGAGAUCAUCAAUUCGAUUCGAUUCAAUUCGAUAUAAUUCGAAUGGGAGCUUUAGUGUCUGGGAAGCAGGUCAUGCUUGGCAACUCCGUGACAUCUCCUUCGUGGAUGACAGCAGCGGGACUGAUUUCGCGAAGAGUGCGCGUGGGAAGGUUAUCGAAACAUGCGUUUCGAUAA